ACAUGACACGAGUCUCGUGACAGUGCAGCCAGCUACUGGCAGGAAAAUCGUCGCUUUGAGUUCGAGGAGUUUUACUUGCGUAAUACAUCAGAAUUCUCACUCAAAAACGAGAGCGAUCGGGAAGAAACAGCGAUGGCGCAUUUUUAGGACACUCAGUCGUGUAAAUAACCCUUCCGGUCCCUGACACGCACGCUUUCGGCGUAGGCUGAAGUCGCAUGGAGAGAGAGAACUUUUCUAUCUCGCAUUUGUUUUCCUUCGUGCGUGAACUUUACUGACGGCUCGCGCGAACAACGCUGAAGAGGAUUUGAUGUCAGUUUGGUGACGUGACAUCGGACAUGGAUAAUAAACCUCUUCUCCAGGCCAGACCCCCGGCGUAUAACGCAGUCCCGGGAGCGUACGCGUACGGCGCGAUCCCCGCGGCCGCUCCACCCGCGGCGGGCUUCCAGCCUCCAGCGCCCCCGCCGCCCUAUCAAGGUUUUCCAGGUGCAGCGGCAGGUUUUCCUGCAGCUCCGGGUCAGCCAGCGGCAGGUUAUCCGGCAGCUCCGGGUCAGCCAGCGGCAGUAGCAGCUCAGACGGCCUACACCAGCACGUACACCAUCGUCCAGCCCUCUGUGGUGGUGGUGGGUGGAUGUCCGGCCUGCAGGGUCGGUGUGCUGGAGGAUGAUUUCACCUGUCUGGGAAUCAUGUGUGCCAUAUUCUUCUUUCCUCUGGGAAUUCUCUUCUGUCUGGCCCUGCGUCAGAGGAGAUGUCCAAACUGUGGAGCCACAUUUGGCUGAAGGGACCAAAAACCCAGUCCUCGUCUUUUUUUAGAGUUCAGUUUUAAGCAUCAGCGUCAUUUACUGUAUAUGUAAUCACCGCACAUCUAUAAUGCCAAAUGUCGCUUUCGUACUAUGAUAAUCGAACCAUCACAAGAGUAAGCAGCCUGUCAAGAAGAUGUGACACGCUGCUCAUCCUCAUUUUUAACUUUAAUAUGCCUUGCAAGCACUAUUUGCUGAUUUUUGUUUUUCUUUUCUUUAUAUAAAACUUUGGAUCAUAUUAAAGCCAGUCAUCGAUUCACUAGUGCCUUCGUGAUGGCAGAGAAACCAUGAAGCGAAUGAGGUGGACUCGCUGGGAGUAAUUCCCACACAGCUCUGGAUCACAACAGACUCGCUUUCCAGUAAUGUGUGCGUCACAUAAAUGAAACCGAGCCGGAUGAUUUAUUUCCUUGGGUGAUUUUCAGUUUCAUCACUGAAUGUUUCAGGCUUACGAGAAUAUGUUCAAACUUUGCAUCACCCGUUUUCUUCCUCAUAUUUUUGUUGAGUGUUCCAGCCAUGUGUCUCAUCACAUCACAUCACAUCACAUCACAUCACAUGUCUUAGUCUUGAUAAGAUCAAAACGUCACAUUUAACUUCUCUUUUAUUCGUACUUUGUGCUUUCAGUAGACACUGUGGUAUUUGUAUAUCUUGGAUUUCUUUCUUCAUGCCGUCUGUUGUUUUGGGGGCCAUGUUUUUCUUGUACUGCACUGAUUUUCAAUGUCAUACCAGUUGAGGUCUAUUGAAAGAAAGUUGUGCAGAUUCACUCGAGGUCCUCCGUCUAGUUAAAAAUGAAACCUGCAAUAAACAAGUCAAGGUGGCACCUAAAUAUAUAACGUGUCACCCGAGGACACGUAGAGUUACUCUGACAAUGGAAUUGUUUUUCUUCCAGUGACCGACAAUCAGUCUCGGCCGUGUUCAAACCAGUGGGAUUUUCUUCAUGAUGUAGGUCGAGUCGCACCGCACAGUUGGCAUGCUGUUAUAAUCGCUUCUAACUUUUUUUACAUUAAGAGAUUGUGAAUAAAUCCUACAAGUGUU